CUUUCAGUAGUAGCUGGUUGUCCGAGAACCCAACGGAUCCGCCAUGAUGCUGCUGCUGUGGACACUGUCACUGCUGCUUGGGGCAGCAGUAGGAAGAGAAGUCUGCUACGACAGACUGGGAUGCUUCACUGAUGAUGCUCCCUGGGCAGGAAUUGUGGAAAGACCCCUGAAAAUACUGCCCUGGAGCCCAGCGGACAUCAACACCCGCUUCCUGCUCUACACCAAUGAGAACCAAAACAACUAUCAAAGAGUCACUGCAGACACAUCAAGCAUCAGGAGCUCCAACUUCAACACAAAUAGAAAAACUCGCUUCAUCAUUCAUGGGUUCAUAGACAAGGGAGAAGAAAACUGGCUGUCCGAUAUGUGCAAGAACAUGUUUAAGGUGGAAAGUGUGAACUGCGUCUGUGUGGAUUGGAAAGGUGGCUCCCGAACUGGCUACACCCAGGCCUCACAGAACACUCGCGUUGUGGGUGCAGAAAUAGCAUAUUUUGUUGAUGUCCUUAAGAAUCAAUUAGGAUACUCACCUUCCAACGUCCACCUCAUUGGCCACAGCCUGGGCUCCCAUAUUGCUGGAGAGGCUGGAAGAAGAACCAAUGGAGCCAUUGGAAGAAUCACAGGGUUGGAUCCUGCUGAGCCUUGCUUUGAGGGUGCACCUGAGCUAAUCCGAUUGGACCCCAGUGAUGCUCAGUUUGUGGAUGUCAUUCAUACAGAUGCUGCCCCAAUCGUCCCCAACUUAGGGUUUGGAAUGAGCCAACCUUCAGGUCACCUUGACUUCUUUCCAAAUGGUGGAGUAGAGAUGCCUGGAUGUCAGAAGAAUAUUCUCUCUCAGAUUGUUGACAUUGAUGGGAUCUGGGAAGGAACUCGUGACUUUGCAGCCUGUAAUCACUUAAGAAGCUACAAGUACUACUCAGAUAGCAUCCUCAACCCUACUGGUUUUGCUGGAUUCUCUUGCUCCUCUUAUAGUGUUUUCUCUGCAAACAAGUGCUUCCCCUGUGCACAUGGAGGAUGCCCACAAAUGGGUCAUUAUGCUGACAGAUUUUCUGGGAAAACAAAUGGAGUAUAUCAGAGAUUUUAUCUAAACACUGGUGAUAAGAGUAAUUUUGCUCGUUGGAGGUAUCAGGUAUCUGUCACACUGUCUGGACAGAAAGUUACAGGACACAUCCUGGUUUCUUUGUUUGGAAAUGGAGGAAACUCUAAACAGUAUGAAAUUUUUAAGGGCUCUCUCCAACCUGGUACAGUUCUUAUCAAUGAGGUCGACUCUGAUGUGGAUGUUGGAGACCUGCAGAAGGUUAAAUUUAUUUGGUAUAACAAUGUGAUCAACCCAACCUUACCCCAAGUGGGAGCAUCAAGGAUCACAGUGAAAAGAAAUGAUGGAAGAGUAUUCAACUUCUGUAGCCAAGGUACCGUGAGGGAGGAUGUUCUGCUUACCCUUACUCCCUGUUAGGAGCCUGUUGACACAUGACCACUGGCUCUUACUACUAAUAAAAUCUACCUGUGAAGCAUUA